UACAGUACAUGAGAGGCGGGAACCUUUGAGCCGAGACAUGUUUCAUGCCGGAAGAUUAAUGCCGCUGCUCUCGUCCUUGGCUUGAAGACGUGCCGGUGUGUUGUAGGUAAGAUGGACAUGAAGGACAUGAAAUUUCAUCAGAUCUGAGUGCAUGCAAGACACAGAGGAUGGAGCCAUCUUGAGAUUCUAACUCGGGAGAGUCUGAACUGUUGUUCUCAAACAUGCCGUCAGGACUUGUCGCUGCUGCCUGUCGCUCUCUGAGGUGGACACUACCCCACCGGAAAACAACUUGUCUCAGAACUCAUUGGCCAUCAAAGCCAGUGCAAUGGCCACUGGCAACUGUGGUUGUAAGGAAGGCUCAUAAAUGGACUACAGCACCAUCAUCAAGGAUAAACCAGAGGCCGGUGUUUGCCAGAGCUCCAGCGUUUGGAGAUAGGCUUGCUAUCAUAGACAGCAGUGGCAGCCAUAGCUACCAGCGGCUGUAUCGCAGCAGCCUCAGCCUUGCAGGCAGGAUCAGUACCGCUCUCAACUCUGACUUUGGGGGUCUGGAAGGCAAACGAGUCUCCUUUCUGUGCGCUAAUGAUGCUUCCUACACAGUGGCACAGUGGGCAGCUUGGAUGAGUGGUGGGACGGCAGUGCCACUCUGCCGAAAACACCCUCUAUCUGACCUGGAGUACAUCAUCUCUGACUCCCAGAGUUCACUGCUGGUGGCAGGACAUCCUUAUGCUGAAACCCUGGAGUCACUGGCGCAGAAGCUGGGGCUACCGUGCCUGACACUGCCCCCGACAUCUGACCUGGGCACUUCAGAUGAGGUGGACACUCAAGAGAAGGAGACAGCCAUCACAGACUGGGCUGAUCGACCGGCAAUGAUCAUCUACACCAGCGGUACCACAGGGAGACCAAAGGGAGUUCUACAUACGCACAGCAGCAUCCAGGCCAUGGUCCAAUGUCUGGUUUCAGAGUGGGCGUGGUCCAAAGAUGACAUCAUCCUCCACACCUUGCCGCUCCACCACGUGCAUGGCAUCGUUAACAAGCUACUGUGCCCGCUCUGGGUGGGCGCCACCUGCGUCAUGGUGCCUGACUUCCAGCCUCAGAAGGUGUGGGAGAUGCUGUUGAGCUCCAAGGCUCCCGUGGCUAACGUGUUCAUGGCCGUGCCUACUAUCUACUCUAAGCUGAUUCAGUACUAUGAUCAGCACUUCACACAACCUCAUGUCAAGGACUUUGUCAAAGCAGUCUGCAAAGAGAGGAUCAGGGUGAUGGUUUCAGGCUCGGCCGCUCUCCCUCUUCCCACUCUGCAGCGCUGGGAGGAGAUUACAGGACACACACUGCUGGAACGAUACGGCAUGACCGAGAUCGGCAUGGCACUUUCUAACCCUCUCAAGGGCCCACGCAUCCCAGGGGCUGUGGGAUUGCCACUUCCUAGUGUUGAAGUUCGGAUUGUCAUGAAUAACACAACCAACACUACAAUUGUGGAGGGCAAUCACAGAGAGACUCAGGUACGUCCAGGUCUGGAGGGGAAGGAAGGGGAGCUUCUGGUUCGUGGGCCGUCUGUCUUUAAGGAGUACUGGAACAAACCCCAAGAGACCAAAGAGUCUUUCACUGAUGACGGCUGGUUCAAAACAGGAGACACAGUGAUCUAUAAAGAUGGUGCGUACUGGAUCAUGGGCCGCACAAGCGUUGACAUCAUCAAGAGUGGUGGCUACAAGAUCAGUGCACUCGAGGUGGAGCGUCACCUACUGGCUCAUCCAGACAUCAUAGAUGUGGCUGUGAUCGGGGCUCCAGAUGCCAUUUGGGGUCAGAAAGUCACUGCAGUGGUGCAGCUGAAGAAGGGGCAGAGUAUGAGCCUGCCAGAGUUGAAAACCUGGGCAAGGGAGCACAUGGCGUCCUACACCAUCCCCACAGGCCUGGUGCUGGUGGAGGAGAUGCCAAGGAAUCAGAUGGGCAAGGUCAACAAGAAGGACCUCGUGCGACUCUUCUUCCCAUGACUGGACCGCAUUGAUAUGUAUGACGGCACUCAGGUUCCUGGUUCAAGAAGUGCAGGUGUAGUUUCCUGGCUGCUCCUUACAUUAGACAAACAUCACAGACAAGUGUACAGAGUACAAAAGUACACAAAGUAAUGGAUGAACACCUCCCAUCACAAACACUGCUGCAGAGGAACUCCUGUUUCACUGAAUUUCAGUUAUGUCAAGGAUUGUUCAACAGUUCCUGUCAGAUAUGUCAUUUUCUGAGGCAACAGAGCUAAAAAAGUGUUAAAACCAACCAACGUGGAUGUGACAGGAAUACAAUAUAUAGGAAACUGUCAUGUACAGUUAAUUGGUAUGAACCUAACAUGACCCACUUUUGUAGGGUUUGUAAUUGUAGCAGUGUCCCAGUUCCAUGCUGCAAACCGUUUGAAUUUUAAACUGGUCUAUACUGUAGUAUGUUGCAUGUACACACUGGAAACACGACGAAGGUGAGAAUUCUCAAAACGGUCAGUGUGCAAACUAAAAACAACUAAAAACAGUGUUGACCUACAGUGUACUCCAAAUGAAGAAGCUGCUCACUGCUGCAGACAAAAUCCAUGGCAGGGUGGCAUGAGGACAGCUCUCUCUUUGCUGUUUGUGAAGUUUAUUUGACUGUGGUGCUUCUGGUUCGGUAUACUAACUGCAAAGACAGUGUACAAUGAGGAAUAAUAUGUAGUACAUGCAAAAUCAGUAACUGGGACAAAGCAUAUGUGAUAUAGUGACUCUAAAGUCAGUAUCCUUUAUGAAGUCUUCAAUCUGCCUUACUGAGAUGGGAACAGCUACUUUAAUCUUUGGUUCUUGAUGCUGGUAUCAUGAACAGGACACUCCAAUAAAAAUACUGAAACACAGCGGUACCUACUGACAAAGAGUGCUUUGAUUGCUCUUAUUGGUAUAUUCUGAGGUUUUUAAUGGGAACAAUGUUGAUGUUGGUGGUCAAGAAUCAUGUUAAUUAACACCUACACUAAAUCAAAUAAAACACAAUAUGCUGGAAGAACAGGAGACAUGAUGAACUUUGAAAUAUGAUCAGUGAGAAAACACUGUUAUUAGGUUCUUAGCAUUGUACACACACUGAUGCACUUGAAAAAUUAGAACAUGUUUAUCUGAAUAUUAAAAAAGUUUUAUCAAAUUUGAAUUAAAAAA